AUGGAGAACUCACACAUGAAGAACCCGGCAGAAUGCCUGGCUUACUUCGGGGUAAAUGAGCACACUGGUCUCUCUCCCGACCAAUUCAAGAAGAACCUGGACAAGUAUGGCUACAAUGAGCUGCCUGCCGAGGAGGGUAAGAGCAUCUGGGACCUGAUCAUUGAGCAGUUUGAGGACCUGCUUGUCAGGAUCCUGCUGCUGGCUGCCUGCAUCUCUUUUGUGCUGGCUUGGUUCGAGGAAGGUGAGGAGACCAUCACUGCCUUCGUGGAACCCUUCGUCAUCCUUCUCAUCCUCAUCGCUAACGCCAUUGUUGGAGUGUGGCAGGAGCGUAACGCUGAAAGUGCCAUCGAGGCUCUCAAGGAGUACGAGCCUGAGAUGGGCAAGGUUUACCGUUCUGACAGAAAGAGUGUGCAGAGGAUCAAGGCCAGAGAAAUUGUCCCCGGAGACAUUGUGGAGGUGUCUGUUGGUGACAAAGUCCCCGCUGACAUCAGGAUUGUUUCCAUCAAGUCCACCACCCUGCGUGUUGACCAGUCCAUCCUUACUGGUGAGUCCGUCAGUGUGAUCAAGCACACUGAGUCUGUUCCCGAUCCCAGAGCUGUCAACCAGGACAAGAAGAACAUGCUUUUCUCUGGCACCAACAUCGCUGCUGGCAGGGCCGUCGGUGUGGCUGUGGCCACCGGAGUCUCCACUGAGAUUGGCAAGAUCCGUGACCAGAUGGCUGCCACCGAGCAGGAGAAGACUCCUCUGCAGGCCAAGUUGGACGAGUUCGGCGAGCAGCUGUCCAAGGUUAUCUCCCUAAUCUGCGUUGCUGUCUGGGCCAUCAACAUCGGCCACUUCAAUGACCCCGUCCAUGGAGGCUCAUGGAUUCGCGGUGCUGUCUACUACUUCAAGAUCGCUGUCGCUCUGGCUGUGGCUGCCAUCCCUGAGGGUCUGCCCGCUGUCAUCACCACCUGCCUGGCCCUUGGUACCCGCCGUAUGGCCAAGAAGAACGCCAUUGUCAGAAGCCUGCCCUCUGUGGAGACCCUGGGCUGCACCUCCGUCAUCUGCUCUGACAAAACUGGCACCCUCACCACCAACCAGAUGUGUGUGACCAAGAUGUUCAUUGUCAAGAGUGUUGAGGGCGAACAUGUUGGUCUUGAUGCCUUUGAUAUCUCUGGCUCCAAGUACACCCCCGAGGGCGAGGUUUCCCAGGGAGGUGCCAAGACCAACUGCAGUACAUACGAUGGCCUUGUUGAACUCGCCACUAUCUGCUCCCUGUGCAACGACUCCUCUCUGGACUUCAACGAGUCCAAAAAUAUCUAUGAGAAGGUUGGUGAGGCUACUGAGACUGCCCUGUGCUGCCUGGUUGAGAAGAUGAAUGUGUUUAACAGCAACGUGAAGAACCUGUCCAAGAUUGAGAGAGCCAACGCCUGCUGCACAGUGAUCAAGCACCUCAUGAAGAAGAACUUCACUCUGGAGUUCUCCCGUGACAGGAAGUCCAUGUCCGUGUACUGCACCCCAGCUAAGGGUGAUGGUGGUGCCAAGAUGUUCGUGAAGGGUGCCCCCGAGGGUGUGAUUGACAGGUGCACUUAUGUGCGUGUUGGCACCACCCGCGUGCCCCUGACCAAUGCCAUCAAGGAUAAGAUCUUGGCUGUUAUCAGGGACUGGGGUACCGGCCGUGACACCCUGCGUUGCUUGGCCCUGGCCACCCGUGACACCCCACUGAAGGUGGAUGAGAUGAACCUCGAGGACUCAACCAAGUUUGUCGAUUACGAGACUGAUCUGACCUUUGUUGGAUGCGUGGGUAUGCUGGAUCCCCCUCGUAAGGAGGUCACUGGCUCCAUUGAGCUGUGUAGAGAUGCUGGAAUCCGUGUCAUUAUGAUCACUGGUGACAAUAAGGGAACCGCUAUUGCUAUUUGCCGCCGCAUUGGCAUCUUCUCCGAGGACGAGGAUGUUUCUGGCAAGGCCUACACUGGACGUGAGUUUGACGAUCUGCCCAGCGGUGAACAGCCCGAGGCUGUGCGCAGGGCUCACUGCUUUGCCCGUGUGGAGCCAUCCCACAAGUCCAAGAUUGUGGAGUUCCUGCAGGCUAAUGAUGACAUUACUGCUAUGACUGGUGAUGGUGUGAACGAUGCCCCUGCCCUGAAGAAGGCCGAGAUCGGCAUCGCCAUGGGCUCUGGCACUGCCGUUGCCAAGUCUGCCUCUGAGAUGGUCCUGGCUGACGACAACUUCUCUUCCAUUGUGGCUGCUGUUGAGGAGGGCAGAGCUAUCUACAACAACAUGAAGCAGUUCAUCCGCUACCUCAUCUCCUCCAACGUUGGUGAGGUCGUCUGUAUCUUCCUGACUGCUGCUCUGGGUCUGCCCGAGGCUCUGAUCCCCGUCCAGCUGCUGUGGGUCAACCUGGUGACUGACGGUCUGCCUGCCACCGCUCUGGGCUUCAACCCCCCUGAUCUGGACAUCAUGGGCAAGCCCCCACGUUCACCCAGGGAGCCCCUGAUCUCUGGCUGGCUGUUCUUCAGAUACAUGGCUAUUGGUGCAUACGUCGGUUCUGCCACUGUUGGUGGUGCUGCCUGGUGGUUCCUGUACGAUUCCACUGGCCCAGGCGUCACCUACUACCAGCUGUCCCACUUCAUGCAGUGCCACAAUGAAAACGAAGACUUUGGCAACAUCGACUGUGAAAUCUUUGAGGCUUCUCCUCCAAUGACCAUGGCCCUUUCUGUGCUGGUCACCAUUGAGAUGUGCAACGCUCUCAACAGCUUGUCUGAGAACCAGUCCCUAAUCCGCAUGCCCCCAUGGAGCAAUUUCUGGCUGAUCUCCGCCAUGACCCUCUCCAUGUCCCUGCACUUCAUGAUCAUCUAUGUUGACCCUCUGCCUAUGAUCUUCAAGUUGACCCAUCUGUCCCUCGAGCAGUGGCUCAUGGUGCUGAAGCUUUCCUUCCCCGUCAUCCUCAUUGAUGAGGUGCUGAAGUUCUUCGCCCGCAACUACGUUGAGACAGGUAAAGAAGUUAAAUAG